AUGUCUUCAUUCGCUGCAAGUCCGACAUUGUACCCCCCGCCUCUGAUUGAUGCUGCGGCCGCUCCCAUUGAAAAUCCCCUGCUGGUGAGGUGUGUCGAGGGAGAUAUCUUCACCAACUCUCACCCUCUAUGGAAACCACCUCGAGGCCGGACUGUGUUUGGUGGAAUCUUGAUCGGUCAAGCCAUUCAAGCGGCUCAUCAAACUGUCGCCCCCGAUUUCUUUGUCCACCACAUGAAUUGUUCCUUCCAUGCACCCCCCGACGCUGAGAAGCCGAUCUACAUCCGCGUCUCACGGACUGCCGAUGGCAGGUCAUCUGCUUCGAGAGACGUCAAAAUCACACAAAACGAGACCAUCUUCUUCUCAGCUCAAUGCACUUUCUCGCGAAGUGGGCGAGUAAAUCCUGUCGUACACCAGUCUAGCCCAUCCCCAUCUCCUUUGGGGGCCAUCCCUCUGGACCCCGAAUUAUCCCAGUCAGACAAGAUGGCCUUUUCUCAAGAGAUGGUAAGUUUGAUCACCUCCUUGUUCCGACAGACCAUGCUCAAACUCUAUUCAGGCUCGGUCAGGGUUCCUUACUUUCAAAGGGCCAAGCACAAGUCGGCCAGAUGUUGA